AUGGUUCACUGGCGCCCAGGAGGUCACUGGCGCCCAGAUGGUUCACUGGCGCCCAGGAGGUCACUGGCGCCCAGGAGGUCACUGGCGCCCAGAUGGUUCACUGGCGCCCAGGAGGUCACUGGCGCCCAGAUGGUUCACUGGCGCCCAGGAGGUUCACUGGCGCCCAGAUGGUUCACUGGCGCCCAGGAGGUUCACUGGCGCCCAGAUGGUUCACUGGCGCCCAGGAGGUUCACUGGCGCCCAGAUGGUUCACUGGCGCCCAGGAGGUUCACUGGCGCCCAGAUGGUUCACUGGCGCCCAGGAGGUCACUGGCGCCCAGAUGGUUCACUGGCGCCCAGGAGGUUCACUGGCGCCCAGGUGGUUCACUGGCGCCCAGGAGGUUCACUGGCGCCCAGGAGGUUCACUGGCGCCCAGAUGGUUCACUGGCGCCCAGGAGGUCACUGGCGCCCAGAUGGUUCACUGGCGCCCAGAUGGUUCACUGGCGCCCAGGAGGUUCACUGGCGCCCAGGAGGUUCACUGGCGCCCAGAUGGUUCACUGGCGCCCAGGAGGUUCACUGGCGCCCAGGAGGUUCACUGGCGCCCAGGAGGUUCACUGGCGCCCAGGAGGUUCACUGGCGCCCAGAUGGUUCACUGGCGCCCAGGAGGUUCACUGGCGCCCAGGAGGUCACUGGCGCCCAGAUGGUUCACUGGCGCCCAGAUGGUUCACUGGCGCCCAGGAGGUUCACUGGCGCCCAGGAGGUCACUGGCGCCCAGAUGGUUCACUGGCGCCCAGGAGGUCACUGGCGCCCAGGUCACUGGCGCCCAGGAGGUCACUGGCGCCCAGGAGGUCACUGGCGCCCAGAUGGUUCACUGGCGCCCAGAUGGUUCACUGGCGCCCAGGAGGUUCACUGGCGCCCAGGAGGUUCACUGGCGCCCAGGAGGUUCACUGGCGCCCAGAUGGUUCACUGGCGCCCAGGAGGUCACUGGCGCCCAGAUGGUUCACUGGCGCCCAGAUGGUUCACUGGCGCCCAGGAGGUUCACUGGCGCCCAGGAGGUUCACUGGCGCCCAGAUGGUUCACUGGCGCCCAGGAAUAUUGAGACCAGAGUUGUAGCCCAGGAACACGGCCAACUUGGAAUUACAUAA